AUGUAGUUAAUCAUCUUAAUUAUUUUUUCGGGGUCAUCUACUUUUUAGAAAUUCAUUAACAUUAAAUCAUAAAAAUAUUUGUUUUUUUUAAAAACAGCAAAUCCCAAAAGAGGUAAACCAACAAUCCAAGCAUAAACGGUACCAUGAAAUAUAUUAUCUUCUAAAUAGCUAGAAAAGCAAAGAAGUAGAGCACUCCAUAACAUUAAAGUAGAAUAAAUAGAAACAAUUUUUUACAUAAUAUUAUGAUAAUGUGGUUAUUCUAGAUGUAAUUUAUAGAAUGAAAUAAAAGCUCCAAUAAGAAUGAUAUAGAUUAUUAUGGUUGGUUUUUCUUUAGGAUUGAAUGAUAUAAUUGCAAUUUAUAUGAUUAAUAAAUAGAAAUAGACUAAAGUUUUAGCUCUCCCAGAUUAUUUAGACAAUAGUUCUUUUACAUUUGGUCUUGCCUCAAAAAAUAGCAAAUUAAAAAUUGUAGUUAAAAUUACGAAAAUCAGAAUUCCUAAAAUUGCAACUAUGCCAUGUACAAUAUGUUCACCAUUCCAACAUUCUUGAUCAAAUAGUUAAAUUACUAAGAUAUUCUGAUCGUUCUCAUGACAAUUUAUCAUUUCAAAUAAUAGAUUUAGAAUAGGGAGGUACAAUAUAGUAGAGAACAGUGUUAAUAACUAUUUUAAUACAAAAACUGGCCAUGA